AGCAGACAAAUGGAGAUGAAAAGAAAAGAUUGCCCAAACACGCCCUAUAUAGGAUCCAGCCAUUCAAGAUUAAUGGAUUGGUCUGAAGUCACAUUCUGAACUAUUAGCCAGGGAUUUACUUGUAGUUACCGUUGGUAGAAUUCUGGAACAUCGGUUUCGUUGGUGAAAGUGAUCACAAUGAGGUUACUCUGCUCUGAAUUAUUGCGGCCUGCAGCGGCUAAAAUUUGAGUUGGCUUGAAAAAUGAUGUGGUUUUGGAGAAUGGCUGGUGAAGCAGAAGGGCCUGCAGUUAGGAUUGAUCAUGUGCUCAUGUGUUCCAUAAUACACAAGGCGAUACUCGUUUACUUCUCAUAGACUCUUUUCAUCAACAUGUAGCUCAAAUGGGAGGAUCAUGUCUAACAUUGAAUGCAGAAGAGAAGGACCAGCAGUGGGAAUUGAUCUGGGAACCAUGUACUCAUGUGUUGGAGUUUGGCAAGGCAGCCAUGUCGAAAUCAUUGCCAAUGAUCAUGGUAGCAGGACGACGCCAUCUUGUGUGGCUUUUUCUGAUACAGAAAUUCUGAUUGGUGAUGCUGCACGCAACCAGGGUGGAAUGAAUCCUGAUAACACCGUCUUCAGCGUUAAACGGUUAAUAGGCAGAAAAUUCAGCGACUUGAGUGUACAGAAUGACAUGAAAUUUUGGCCCUUUAAAGUCAUUUCUAAUCAUGGCGGAAAACCUAUGGUCUUGGUCACCUAUAAGGGGCAGGAGAAGAGGUUUUACGCGGAGGAACUCUCCUCAAUGAUUCUAAUAAAGAUGAAAGAAAUUGUUGAGAAGUGUCUUGGAUCAACUGUAAGAAAUGCUGUUAUUACUGUCCCAGCUUACUUUAAUGACUCUCAGCGGAAUGCAAUUAUAGAUGCUGGAGUUAUUUCUGGCAUUAAUGUAAUACGCGUAAUUUCUGAGCCAAGUGCAGCAGCAAUUACAUAUGGUCUUGAAAAGAGGAAGGCGGAUAGUAGUACAGGCGGUGAGAAAAAUGUGCUUGUCUUCGAUCUAGGUGGUAGUAAUUGUAAUGUUUCUCUUGUUGUAAUUGAAGAGGGAAUUUUUGAAGUAAGGGCUACCACUGGUGCCAGUCACCUUGGAGGAGAGGAUUUUGUCCAUCGGAUGGUGAAUCAUUUUAUUCGGGAGAUCAUGAGGAAGAACAAAAAGGACAUAACUGGUAAUGCUAAAUCUAUUAGAAGAUUGAAAAAUGCUUGUGAAAGGGCAAAGAGGACACUCUCUUCGGCUGCAAUGACAUCAAUUGAGUUAGAAUUUUUGUAUGAUGGUGUUAGUUUCUCUGAAAAUAUUUCUCGUGACAAAUUUGAAGAGUUGAACAUGGACCUCUUUAAAAGUUGUUUGGAGCUGGUCGAGAAGUGUUUGAGGGGUGGCAAUAUUGAUAAGAGAAACAUCCAUGAUGUGGUCCUUGUUGGUGGAUCUACUCGAAUUCCAAAAGUACAGCAGCUAUUGAAAAACUUUUUUAACGGGAAGGAGCUCUGCAUGAGUUUGAAUCCUGAUGAGGCUGUUGCAAAUGGUGCAGCUGUGCUAGCUGCAAUCCUUAGUGGCGAAGGCCACGAAGCUGUUCAGGACUUAAUGCUGUUAGAUGUCACUCCUCUAUCCCUUGGGAUCGGAACUAGUGGUGAAACAAUGUCUGUCCUUAUUCCAAAGAAUACAACUAUCCCCACUAAGAGGGAGCAAAUUUUCUCAACCUCCAUAGACAAUCAGCUUGAUGUGCUGAUCGAAGUCUUUGAAGGCGAAAACCCAAAUACCAAGGAUAACAACUUGCUGGGAAAAUUUGUACUCUCUGGCAUUUCCCCUGCACCUAAGGGCGUCCCUCAGUUCACCGUUUGCUUUGACAUUGAUGCAUAUGGGAGGCUAAAUGUGUCUGCCGAGGAUAAGACUACAGGGAAGAAGAUCAAGAUAAAAGUAACCAAUAACGAGGAGAGAUUGUCGAAGGAAGAGCUUGAGAAGAUGGUAAAAGAAGCUGAGAAGUACAGAGCAGAAGCUAAAGUGAACAAGAAAGCGACAGAGAAAAGAAUGGCUGGAAAAGGAGGACCUGCAAUAGGACUUGAUCUUGGAACCAUGUACUCAUGUGUUGGAGUUUGGGAAGGUAACCAUGUCGAAAUCAUUGCCAAUGAUCAUGGUAGCAGGAUUACUCCUUCUUGUGUGGCUUUCUCUGAUACUGAGGUUCUAAUUGGUGAUGCUGCAUACAGCCAGGGUGGGAUGAAUCCUAAUAAUACUGUCUUUAGUGUUAAACGCUUGAUUGGCAGAAAAUUCAGCGACUCAAAAGUACUGGGUGAUAUAACAUUUUGGCCAUUUAAAGUAAUCUCCGGUCCCCGUGAAAAGCCUGUGAUCUUGGUCACCUAUAAAGGUCAGCAGAAGCAGUUUCAUGUAGAGGAAAUAUCCUCUAUGAUAUUAAUGAAGAUGAAAGAAAUUGCAGAGAAUUAUCUUGGAUCAGUUGUUAGGGAUGCUGUUAUUACUGUCCCCGCUUACUUCAAUGACUCUCAGCGCAAUGCAACUGUAGAUGCUGGAGUCAUUGCAGGCCUUAAUGUAAUGCGUAUUGUUGCUGAGCCGAGUGCAGCUGCAGUAGCAUACGGCCUUGAGAAGAAGAUGGCAGGUAGUAGUACAGAAGGCGGAAAAAACGUGAUAAUCUUUGAUCUUGGUGGUAGUAAUUGUAGCGUCUCACUUGUCGUAAUUGAAGAGGGUAUUUUUGAAGUAAGGGCUACAACUGGUGCUACUCACCUCGGAGGAGAGGAUUUUGUCAAUCGGAUGGUGAGUUAUUUUGUUAAGGAUUUCAUGAGGAUGUAUAGAAAGGACAUAAGUGGUAAUGCUAAAUCUGUUAGAAGAUUGAGAAAUGCUUGUGAAAGGGCAAAGAGGACACUCUCUUCUGCUGCAAUGACUACCAUUGAACUUGAGUAUCUGUAUGAUGGUGCCGAUUUCUCUUCAAAUAUUACCCGUGACAGAUUCGAAGACUUAAAUAUGGACCUAUUUAACGGUUGUUUAGAGUUGGUCGAGAAGUGUUUGACAGAAGCCAGUAUAGAUAAGAGAAACAUUGAUGAUGUGGUCCUUGUUGGUGGAUCAACUCGAAUUCCAAAAGUGCAGCAGCUAUUGAAACACUUUUUCAAUGGGAAAGAGCUCUGCUUGAGUAUGAAUCCUGAUGAGGCUGUUGCAAAUGGUGCAGCUGUGCUGGCUGCAAUCCUGAGUGGUGAAGGAAACGACACGGUUCAGGACCUAAUGCUGUUGGAUGUCACUUCUCUAUCCCUUGGGAUUGGAACUAGUGGCGAAACAAUGUCUGUCAUGAUCCCAAAGAAUACAACUAUCCCCACUAAGAGGGAGCAAAUUUUCUCAACCUCCAUAGAUAAUCAGCUUGACGUUUUGAUCGAAGUCUUUGAGGGUGAAAACAGAAAUACCAAGGAUAACAACUUGCUGGGAAAAUUUGUGCUCUCUGGCAUUCCUCCUGCCCCUAGGGGUGUUCCUCAGUUCAUCGUAUGCUUUGACAUUGAUGCAUAUGGGAUGUUAAAUGUGUCUGCCGAGGAUAAGACUACCGGGAAGAAGAUCAAGAUAAAAGUAACCAAUAACGAGGAGAGAUUGUCAAAGGAAGAGCUUGAGAAGAUGGUAAAAGAAGCUGAGAAGUUCAAAGCAGAAAAUUCAGAAAAUAAGAAGGCAGCAGAGGGGAGAAAUGCUCUGGAGGAUUACAUCUUUAAGAUGAAGAACGUCAUGAGUGACGAAAAAUUUAGCUCCAAACUUCCAUUUGCGAGCAGAAAGAAAGUAGAGAAUGCUAUGAAGUUGGCAACACAGUGGUUGGAUAGGAAUCAGACCGCAAAGGUAGAAGAGUUGGAGGGAAUAAUGAAAGGGCUGAAGGGGUUUGCAAUUGCUUGAAUGUAUACCUUGUUUGAGAUAAAGUCCCUUUGGCCGCUGGCCGGUGCAAGAGGUGAAGGCCGGAGACGGUAAAAGCGGAUUUCCCAAGUUGUUGUAAUUUCUAGAUAAAAUUGAUUUGUUUCUAAUAUGAUUUGAUUACAUUUUCUUAGUGUUA